GUCAGCGCUGAGCGUUCGAAAGGAGAUCCUUCAGCCUGAUGGACCAGACUUUGAGACAAUGCCCGGCUACAAGUGCGAGCUCCUUCAUGACGCAUGGUGCACUCCUCCAGCUGUGAAUCCUGGCGACACGUAUCGCGAGAACGGCAUGGUGAAGUGCUGCACAAGGAUCGAGCCUGAGGUGCAAUCUAAGCAAAAUCCCAUGGACGCUUUUGAGAAGGAGGCAUGGACGCCGGAGCCCCCUGAGAGCCUGGCAAAGCAAAGCCCCAUGGACGCUUUCGAGAAGGAAAACCAGCUGGAGGCCGCUGAGGAAGUGACCACAACUACCAUGCCACCUUCGGAUGAUGAGAGGACGGCCCUUUGUGGAGUUGCGAGCUUUAAGGCUGAAAGCUUCAUGCGUCGAGGUAAGCCAGUAACGGCUUGCCGGAACAAGGAUACAGGCAAAUUCGCGAAGGCAAUUUGCUGCAAGUAA